GUUUAUGCUGAGCAUGGCCGUUUGCUGAAUCCUCUUGGCUCUCUCUCUGUGUGCCCACACACAACGCCCGCUGGCAGCCAGGCGGAUAGGCAGGGCAGCGUGUGCCAACACAGCUGCCUAUUGAGAGGCAGCGUUACGGACACAAUGUGAGCGACAGACUUGCUGUAUCAACAGCUCCCCCUUUUCUGCUGUUGUGGCCAGAAAUAAACCAUAAAUACCCCCCCCACCAUCCCUGCGGUCUAAUGGCUCAACCCCACCAAACACCAAGUGGCAGCGAAAAAAGAGGGACACUACCGCUUCCUAGCAGGCAUACUCAGGUAAAAGCCUCCUACUGGACACGUACUUAUCAAUCACCGUGGUGUAAUAAUGCCAUUGCAAAGGAGUUAAGUGGUGCUGCACUGGGGAAGACUCAGGUUUGGUGGAGUUUGUUAUUAAGUAUUGUAUGUGAUGAAGAAAUUGUGUGUUCAUACUCAAAAAACACACUCUUAUCAGGUAAAUUAUUACUGCUGAGGUUUAAAAGGAAAAGUCCUCCUGUUCGAGGAUGCAUUCUAAAAUUGUAGCUUAGACAUUAAGCGUCUCUCCUGUGUGUGUGUGCGUGUGCCCAUGCCCUGUGACGGAUGGUGCUUUUUGUGUGUGUGUGCUGCUGCCAAAAAGUGGAGGAGCAGUGGAUCAGGAGGAUGUCGGAGCAGCAAAGUGCCCCGGAGCAGCUAGCUGCUGGGAAGAGCCAGGGUGGAGCUGGAGCCACAUACAAGGUGGUGCUGUUUGAGUUUGAAAAUUUCCAGGGCUGCAAGGCAGAGUUUUCUGCAGAGUGUAAAGAUGUGACAGAGAAGGGACUGCAGAAGGUCAGCUCUGUGAUUGUUGAGUCAGGACCCUGGGUGGGUUAUGAUCGGCAUGGGUUCACAGGGGAGCAGUUUAUUCUGGAGAAAGGAGAGUAUCCACGCUGGGACACCUGGACCAACAGUCAGAACAGCUACUCCCUCUUGUCUCUAAGGCCACUCAAAGUGGAUGGUGCUGAACACAAGCUGCACCUGUAUGAAAAUCCUAGUUUUACUGGCAGAAAGAUGGAGAUCGUUGACGAUGAUGUGCCCAGUUUGUGGGGCCAUGGUUUUCAGGACCGUGUAGCAAGCAUCAAAGCUCUCAAUGGAACAUGGGUUGGCUACAUGUACCCAGGCUACAGAGGUCGCCAGUUUGUCUUUGAGCGAGGAGAUUUCAAGCAUUGGAAUGACUGGGAGGCCCCCGCUCCCCAGAUUCAGUCUGUCCGACGUGUGCGAGACAUGCAGUGGCACAAGAGGGGCUGUUUCAUCGUUCCCGACCCAGCUCCGGCUCCCGGCCCCGAUCCCGACCCUGCCCCAGCACCUCCUGCCCCUCCUGCUACAGCUGGAGCCAGCUGAGCAGGACCCUCGCCUGCCUCCCAAACCCCUCCCACAGCCUUCCCCACGCUGCCGACAGUGCCUGCCCUCUGCCUUAACCUAACCACGGCAAACGCUGCUUGUGCCCAGUGAGGAGUGCCAUGUAUGUAUCAGUGGCGAAUAAAAGUUGUUUGACCUGGAGUUUAUUGGUGAUGUUGUACUUCAAGUCAAGGUCGAGAUGGCUUUAACUAAAGGUUUGGAAAAAAAAAUAAAAACACUAUCAGAGAUGUCACACUGGCAUCUAUGUGGAGAUAAUGUAGCCUACAUCUGGCAGAUAUUUUUCCUCGAGAUAAGCUGCAGAUGUGUGCCGCUCUCAUUGCAUGUGUUUUCCUAUUCUAGUCAGACAGCUGAAAACCUCAUCGAGCAUUAGGAACACAUGACUUAUUCAAUGCAUAUGUGGAUACGCGUUUGCCUAACAGAAAUGGAAAUGAUGUCAUGCUGUAUGUAUGCUUGCUAUUAAAACAGAGUGCGCUGCAUUCCCUUCCCUUA